AUGAAACUUCAGAGGUACGAUUUAAAAAUCGUGUACGUUCCAGGGAAACUGAUGUUUAUAGCCGAUGCUCUUAGUCGAGCUUAUCUGCAGGACAGUAGUGAUAGUCUUAUCGAUGAUGAACUUGAUGUGAGUUUAAUCCAAUCGCAACUACCGAUGACUCCUGCGAAACUUGCUGAAUUCAAAUACGCAACUGUGAAAAAAGAAACUUUGCGCACGCUAAGUACGGUAGUCAUGUCAGGUUGGCCUGAUCGGAAAGAAUUAUUACCCGAUGGGAUUCAGCUUUACUGGGACUAUCGAGAUGAGAUCACGAUGAUCGAUGGACUUUUGUUCAAAAGUGAACGUGUGAUUGUGCCGCAAUCGUUGCAACGUGAAAUGGAGAAAUUACACGAAGCCCAUCUUGGUGUCGUGAAAACGAAACGCCGUGCACGUGAUAUUAUGUUUUGGAGUAACAUGAACAAUGACAUUGAGCAAUUUAUUUCAAAUUGUGGUGUUUGUAACAAGUUUCGCAAGGCCAACAACAAAGAGCCACUUACACCUCAUGACACACCAUCGCGUCCAUGGAUGAAACUGGGUGCUGAUGUAAUGGAAUUCAAAGGAAAACACGACUUACUUUGUCUGUUUACUGACCUGUUUUAUGACAUUAACUGA